AUGCCAGAAGAAAAUACCAAUACCACCACUAUGUGGCCCCCUGGCACUGUGCAUCUGGUCGAGUCGAACGCUUCAAACGGGAAAGACAUCGUACUUCAUCCACGGCCAUCGGAAGACCCUAAUGACCCUUUAAAUUGGGCACCUUCUCGAAAAUAUUGGAACAUGGGACUGGUCUGCUUUUACGUCGCUAUGGUCGGCGAGUUCAUCAACGCCAACACGCCCACGUGGGGCCCGAUGGAGACAGAGCUGGGCUUUACGAGUGAGAUCUUGAAUGAUAGCUAUGCCGCCGGUUGUGCUGCACUAGGAGUUGGCUCAGUGAUCCUCAUCCCCUUUGCGCUUAGAUACGGUCGCCGACCACUGUAUUUAUUCAGCACGGUGGUGCAAUUUGGCGUAUCGAUCUGGUCGGCUAAAAUGCGAACCGUGGGUGAUCUCAUGGGAGUCAAUAUCUUGCAAUGCUUCUUCGGCAGCUUGGCUGAGGCGAUCGUCCAAAUGACCAUUGCGGAUCUCUUUUUCGUGCACCAGCGGGGAAGAAUGAAUGCGCUCUAUGUCUGGACGUGGCUUCUGUCGGGCUACCUGGGCAUUUUAAUCGCCGGGUUCGUUGCCAGCAGCCUAGGCUGGAGAUGGAUAUGGUGGUUGAAUGCCAUUGUGUUUGGGGUGACUAUCUUCGUUGUCGGAUUUGGAUACGAGGAAACAAAGUACUGCGCGCCUACUAUGGUACCUACUGUAAUCACAAACGGUAUUCAGACGGGCCUCACACAUGAAGGGAGAAGGGCGAGCUCUCAUCCGGCGGAGCAGGAUGCUAAAGGGACACCAGAGGAGCCUGCGAAAGAGCUUUAUACGGAAAAUAACAAGACAGUAGACUCAGACAUCGACCUUGAAUUGCCCAAUGAAUGUUCGUCCCGCGGCAUCUGCAGCACGACAAUCAACCCAGGCAUUCCCAUGAAGAGCUACCGAGAACGGCUUGCCCUUUUUACUCUGACUCCUUCUUCGAAUGAUUCCUUCUAUCGGCAUAUUUAUCAACCCAUGCUCAUACUAACCACAAUCCCCGCUGUUGCGUGGACGGCGCUCGUUUAUGGCAUACUCGUGGCGUUGGGAGACGUCAUGUCGACCACUAUGUCGAGUUACUUGCCUGGCCCUCCUUACAAUUUUUCCUCAUACCAGGUCGGAUUGAUGAGUAUCCCGAGAGUCAUUGGCGUCACUAUAGGCGCUGUGAUUGUGGGCCCACUGAGUGACUGGACCGUCCUCGCUCUUUCUAAACGCCGCAAGGGGAUCUUCGAGCCUGAGAUGCGCCUCUGGUGCAUUGCUCCAUUCGUGCCAUUUAUUGUGGCAGGUGCAUUGCUCUUUGCUAUUGGCCUUAAUAACCAGCGUCCCUGGCCUAUCAUUGCGGUGGGGCUAGUAUUGUAUAACAUUGGGGUAACUCCUAUCAAUACUCUGACUAUUGCCUAUGUGACAGAUUCAUACAAAGAUAUUGUCGGGGAGGCCCUAGUCGCUGUCACAUUUAUUCGCAACAUGUUUAGCACCGCUUUCAUCUUCGCCCUUACGCCAUGGGUUGCAAAAGUGGGUCUUUUGAACACCUUCGUCACCAUUCUCGUCAUUGCAGUCGCUAUCAUCAUGGGGUUUAUCGUGUUUCUCCUGUAUGGCAAAGCGUUACGUCGCAUCUUUGCGUCUCGCUACCGAAGAUAUGCGGGUCGCCAAUAUAAGGAUAGAUUCCCUGUUCUAUGA